AUGAUCAAUUUAAAUUUAUCAAUUUCACAACAAAAUGAUAAUACUGUUGUGAGUUGUGAUCGUGUCGAAGUUAGAAAUGAUGUUGAUGAAGAUAAUGAAGAUUCAGAUUAUGAGAGUGACACUGAUGGAGAUGAUGAAGUAGAUAUUUCAUUAGACAGUUCUUCCUCUACUGAUGCUAAAUGCGAGUUUCAUUCAAACUUAAAUACACAAGUAAACGAAAGUACAAGAGGAAUGGUGAAUGAAGAGCCGUCAAUACAUAUUUCAUUGAUACAAGAGAGAAUCUGCACUCAGUUUGGAUACAAAAUUUCAUAUAAAAAAGCUUGGAUGGCGAAGCAAAAAGCUAUUGUCAAAGUAUUUGGUGACUGGGAUGAAUCAUACGCUACCUUGCCACAUUGGUUAGAAUACAUGCAAUUACAUACUCCUGGAUCUGUUUAUAAAGUUGAAACGAAGGAGUAUGUGGCUUCUCAUCAAGUGGAUAACAGGUAUAGAGUAUUUGAACGAGUGUUCUGGUCAUUUAAACAAUGUCAUGAAGCUUUUAAAUUAUGCAAACCUUUAUUGCAAGUGGAUGGGACGUUCUUAUAUGAUAGGCAUCAAAGUAUCAAAGGAGCUGUCUCAAAUCCACACAUUGGGUGGCAACCUCCAAAUGCAUAUCAUGUAUACUGCAUUCGUCAUAUUGCCAGCAACUUUAAUCACCGAUUUAAAAAUAUCGCCUUGAAGAAAGACCUCAUAAAAUUAGGUUAUACACCAUCCAAGGUAAUAUUUGAGCAAAAGUUAAGUAGAUUUCGUAAUGAAUCUGAAGAUAUACAAAGGUGGAUUGAUUGCAUAUCAAAAGAGAAAUGGGCAUUAUGUUAUGAUGACGAUGGGCGACGUUAUGGUCACAUGACCACAAAUCUUUCAGAAGCUGUGAAUAAGGUGUUUAAAGGUGCUAGAAAUAUACCCAUAACUGCACUGGUUAAAGUCACAUACGGAUGUUUAGUUGAAUAUUUUGUAAAGCGUGGAGAAGAAGCCAUAUUUGACCUUCACAAUGGAAACAUGUUUUGUCGUACAGUAAUGUUGCAAAUACAAAAAAAUCAACAAGAGGCUUCAUCACACCAGGUUCGUAGGUAUGAUGUACACAGGAAAACUUUUGAGGUUGAAGAAGCAUUUAAUCCAAUCACGCAAAGCAGUGGACACAAAUGGACAGUUAUAUUAGAUAGAAGAUAUUGCGAAUGUGGAAGAUUUCAGUCCUAUCGAUAUCCUUGUUCGCAUGUCAUAGCAGCCUGUAUAGCUUGGCGCCCCCUUGGUAAUGAAUGCAACAUCCAUACAAACAGUGAAUGGAAGUUGGUGCCUGACAUUGAAAGAGCUAGAGCUAAGGGACGACGUAAGUCAACUCGUAUUAGGAAUGAAAUGGACUGGGUUGAAUCACAAACUAGACAAAGGUGUUCACGUUGUAACGAAGUUGGUCAUAAUCGACGUCAUUGUCGUCAACAAAACUGA